UCCCCUGCUCCCCCCGACUGCCCAGCAGGCUGGCGCCCCCUGCACGUGCGGGUGGCGGGGACUCUGGAGGUGGAAAGCUCAGCGCACCCCCGCGUCACCCCUGCCCCCCUCCCCGGGGCAGACUCCUAGCAGCUUUCGUUCCUCCCCACCCCUCCCGCCUCCUCGCCUUCCCUCCUCUAAGUCCUUCCACCCUCGGCAGCUGCUGGAGGAGGCGGACGCUCUGCUGCGGGGCCGCGGGAGCAGCGGCGGCGGCGGCGGCGGCUGCAGCGGAGGGACUGACGGCUGCACCGGGGCGGGCGGCUGGACUGCGCGCUCCCUUUCGCGCCCGCUCCCGGGCUUCUGGGCUCGCUCGCCCCGCUCGGCGGUCGCCCGCGGCCGCCCGGGUUCACCGUCGCUCUCAGGCGGCACCGCGAGGGUGGCCGCUGCCUCAGCCCUGCCCCUCGUUCCCUCCCUCCCUUGCAGCCCCACCACGUAGGAGUUCGGAUUCUCCACCCGAGUCGCCCUGAUUUCCCUUUGCCUCUUUCUGAAGCGGGAGUGGUGGAGGGAGGCAGCGAGGCUGCGAGGGAGAGGCCCGCCAAGUCGGCCCGCCUGCAAAGUGUUGCUUUGACACAUCCUUAUUAUGGAAGUUAAGUGAAAAAACUCUGGACGUGGAGCGGCUACCGAGAAGGAGACCGGGCAAGGAAAACCAGUAGGCAGGCCAAUGGUUUUUCGGCAGCGCGCUGGCAAGUUUGUGGAACACUUUCUAGGAAUUAGGUCUUUUUCCUCCCUCUUCAUCUUCUUGACUGCUGAAGAAAGAACUUGGCUUUGGAAGGCAAUGGAGCCUGAGGACAGAGGGUUAGACACACUUGAAUAAUCCCUCCGGCUGGGCUGAAUUUGUGGGAAUUUAGGAAGCCAGAGUGUGGAAAUACAGCAGCCUUUGGAGUGCCCUCUGUUAAUUUGGAUGGAGCUAAAUGUGCCCCAUUCGAGACCUCUCCACUAACCCCUUCUGAUCUUGCGAUUUGCUCUUCUUGACUUUAAUUAGCAUCUAGGAAAGUCUAAACUUUGGACCUACCUCUUUUUUUGAUACUUAUUUUUGUACUUUUGCUCUCUGGGAUUGGUUUCUUAAAACAAUCUGGAUCCUUUUUAAUAUGUCAAAAUGAGUCGGCUGAUGUUUACACAACUACUGCUCUGUGGAUUUUUAUAUGUUCGGGUUGAUGGAUCUCGUCUUCGCCAGGAAGACUUCCCGCCACGGAUUGUGGAGCACCCUUCAGAUGUCAUUGUCUCUAAGGGAGAGCCCACCACUUUGAACUGUAAGGCAGAGGGCCGGCCAACGCCCACCAUUGAGUGGUACAAGGAUGGUGAGCGGGUGGAGACUGACAAGGAUGAUCCCCGGUCUCACAGGAUGCUUCUGCCCAGCGGAUCCUUAUUCUUCUUGCGCAUUGUACAUGGGCGCAGAAGCAAACCUGAUGAAGGAAGCUACGUUUGUGUUGCAAGGAACUAUCUCGGUGAAGCAGUGAGUCGAAAUGCAUCUCUGGAAGUGGCAUUGUUACGAGAUGACUUCCGGCAAAAUCCCACAGAUGUUGUAGUGGCAGCUGGAGAGCCCGCAAUCCUGGAGUGCCAACCUCCCAGGGGACAUCCAGAACCCACCAUCUACUGGAAAAAAGACAAAGUUCGAAUUGAUGACAAGGAAGAAAGAAUAAGUAUUCGUGGUGGAAAACUGAUGAUCUCCAACACUAGGAAAAGCGAUGCAGGGAUGUAUACCUGUGUUGGCACCAAUAUGGUGGGAGAAAGAGACAGUGAUCCAGCAGAACUGACUGUCUUUGAACGACCCACAUUUCUCAGGAGGCCAAUUAACCAGGUGGUGCUGGAGGAAGAAGCUGUAGAAUUUCGUUGUCAGGUCCAGGGAGAUCCUCAACCAACUGUGCGGUGGAAAAAGGAUGAUGCAGACUUGCCAAGAGGAAGGUAUGACAUCAAAGAUGAUUAUACUCUGAGAAUUAAAAAGGCCAUGAGUACAGAUGAAGGCACCUAUAUGUGUAUUGCUGAGAAUCGGGUCGGAAAAGUGGAAGCCUCUGCUUCUCUCACAGUCCGAGCUCGCCCUGUUGCUCCUCCACAGUUUGUGGUUAGGCCAAGAGAUCAGAUUGUUGCUCAAGGUCGAACAGUGACAUUUCCCUGUGAAACUAAAGGAAACCCCCAGCCAGCUGUUUUUUGGCAAAAAGAAGGCAGCCAGAACUUGCUUUUCCCAAACCAGCCCCAGCAACCCAACAGUAGAUGCUCUGUUUCGCCAACUGGAGACCUCACAAUAACCAACAUUCAGCGAUCGGACGCGGGUUAUUAUAUCUGCCAGGCCCUAACUGUGGCUGGAAGCAUUUUAGCAAAAGCUCAACUGGAAGUUACUGAUGUUUUGACAGAUAGACCUCCACCCAUAAUUCUACAAGGCCCGGCCAACCAAACACUAGCAGUAGAUGGUACAGCGUUACUGAAAUGUAAAGCAACUGGUGACCCUCUUCCUGUAAUUAGCUGGUUAAAGGAGGGAUUUACUUUUCUGGGUAGAGAUCCAAGAGCAACUAUACAAGAACAAGGAACAUUGCAGAUUAAGAAUUUACGGAUUUCUGACACUGGUACUUAUACUUGUGUGGCUACAAGUUCAAGUGGGGAGACUUCCUGGAGUGCUGUGCUGGAUGUGACUGACUCUGGAGCAACAAUCAGUAAAAAUUAUGAUUUAAGUGACCUGCCAGGGCCACCAUCCAAACCACAGGUCACUGAUGUUACUAAGAACAGUGUCACCUUGUCCUGGCAACCAGGUACCCCUGGAGCCUUUCCAGCAAGUGCAUAUAUCAUUGAGGCUUUCAGCCAAUCCGUGAGCAAUAGCUGGCAGACAGUGGCAAACCAUGUGAAGACCACCCUCUUUACAGUGAGAGGCCUGCGGCCCAACACGAUCUAUUUAUUCAUGGUCAGAGCAAUCAACCCCCAAGGUCUGAGCGACCCGAGCCCGAUGUCAGAUCCUGUGCGCACACAAGAUAUCAGCCCACCAGCACAAGGAGUGGACCAUAGACAAGUACAGAAAGAACUGGGAGAUGUCAUUGUCCGUCUCCAUACUCCAGUUGUGUUGACUCCCACCACUGUUCAAGUCACGUGGACGGUUGAUCGCCAGCCCCAGUUUAUUCAAGGCUAUCGAGUGAUGUAUCGUCAGACUUCAGGCCUGCAGGCUACAUCAGCAUGGCAGAAUUUAGAUGCCAAAGUCCCCACCGAGAGAAGCGCUGUCUUAGUCAACCUGAAAAAGGGGGUGACUUACGAAAUUAAAGUUCGACCAUAUUUUAAUGAGUUCCAAGGAAUGGAUAGUGAAUCUAAAAUAGUUCGUACUACUGAAGAAGCCCCAAGUGCCCCUCCACAAUCUGUCACUGUGCUGACAGUUGGAAGCCACAAUAGCACAAGUAUUAGUGUUUCCUGGGAUCCUCCUCCUCCAGACCAUCAGAAUGGAAUUAUCCAAGAAUACAAGAUCUGGUGUCUGGGGAAUGAAACGCGAUUCCAUAUCAACAAAACUGUGGAUGCAGCCAUUCGAUCUGUCAUAAUUGGUGGAUUAUUCCCAGGUAUUCAAUACCGGGUAGAGGUUGCAGCUAGUACCAGUGCAGGGAUUGGAGUAAAAAGUGAACCGCAGCCGAUAAUAAUUGGGGGACGUAAUGAAGUUGUCAUUACUGAAAACAAUAACAGCAUAACUGAACAAAUCACUGAUGUUGUGAAGCAACCAGCCUUUAUAGCUGGUAUUGGUGGUGCCUGCUGGGUAAUCUUGAUGGGUUUUAGCAUCUGGUUGUAUUGGCGAAGAAAGAAGAGAAAGGGACUCAGUAAUUAUGCUGUUACAUUUCAAAGAGGAGAUGGAGGACUAAUGAGCAAUGGGAGCCGUCCUGGUCUUCUAAAUGCUGGUGAUCCCAGUUAUCCAUGGCUUGCAGAUUCGUGGCCAGCCACGAGUUUACCAGUAAACAAUAGCAAUAGUGGCCCAAAUGAGAUUGGGAAUUUUGGACGUGGAGAUGUGCUGCCACCAGUUCCAGGCCAAGGGGAUAAAACAGCAACAAUGCUCUCAGAUGGAGCCAUUUAUAGCAGCAUUGACUUCACGACCAAAACCACUUACAACAGUUCCAGCCAGAUAACACAGGCUACCCCAUAUGCCACAACACAGAUCUUGCAUUCCAAUAGCAUACAUGAAUUGGCCGUCGAUCUGCCUGACCCACAAUGGAAAAGCUCGAUUCAGCAAAAAACAGAUCUGAUGGGAUUUGGUUAUUCUCUACCUGAUCAGAACAAAGGUAACAAUGCCUUACUUUACAUCCCUGACUACCGAUUGGCUGAGGGAUUGUCUAAUAGAAUGCCACACAACCAGUCACAGGAUUUCAGCACCACCAGCUCUCACAACAGCUCAGAGAGGAGUGGCAGUCUCUCAGGUGGGAAAGGUGGAAAAAAGAAGAAAACUAAAAACUCUUCUAAACCUCAGAAAAACAAUGGAUCGACCUGGGCCAAUGUUCCUCUACCUCCUCCCCCCGUCCAGCCCCUUCCUGGAACAGAGCUGGAACACUACGCAGUGGAACAGCAAGAAAAUGGUUAUGACAGCGAUAGCUGGUGUCCUCCAUUACCCGUGCAAACAUACUUACACCAGGGUAUGGAAGAUGAACUGGAAGAAGAUGAUGAUCGUGUCCCGACACCUCCAGUCCGAGGCGUGGCUUCUUCGCCUGCUAUUUCCUUUGGACAGCAGUCCACUGCAACCCUCACUCCAUCCCCACGGGAAGAGAUGCAGCCCAUGCUGCAAGCUCACCUAGACGAGCUGACCAGAGCCUAUCAGUUUGAUAUAGCAAAGCAAACAUGGCACAUUCAAAGCAAUAAUCAACCUCCACAGCCCCCGGUUCCACCAUUAGGUUACAUGUCCGGAGCCUUGAUUUCCGAUUUGGAAACAGAUGUUCCAGAUGAUGAUGCUGAUGAUGAGGAAGAAGCUUUAGAAAUCCCUAGGCCCCUGAGGGCACUAGAGCAGACACCCGGAUCCAGUAUGGACAAUCUAGACAGCUCUGUGACAGGUUCAAUGGUAAAUGGAUGGGGCUCUGCAUCUGAUGAGGAUCGUAACUUUUCUAGUCAUAGAUCUAGUGUAGGUAGCUCCUCAGAUGGCUCCAUCUUUGCCAGCGGCAGCUUUGCACAAGCACUGGUGGCAGCAGCAGAUAAAGCUGGUUUUAGGCUGGAUGGAACCAGCCUUACAAGAACAGGCAAAGCUUUUACCUCCUCUCAAAGACCUCGACCAACCAGCCCAUUUUCUACUGACAGUAAUACCAGUGCAGCCCUGAGUCAGAGUCAGAGGCCUCGGCCCACUAAAAAACACAAGGGAGGGAGAAUGGACCAACAACCAGCAUUGCCUCAUCGAAGGGAAGGAAUGACAGAUGAUCUUCCACCACCACCAGAUCCCCCUCCAGGUCAGGGUUUAAGGCAGCAAAUAGGCCCGAGCCAGCAUGCUGGUAACGUGGAAACCUCAACAGAGAGAAAAGGAAGCUCUCUGGAGACACCACAAGCAUCCACCUUAGAAGACACAAAGAGCUCAUUGGAUUGUCCAGCUAGAGCAUCCCUAGAGUGGCAGCGACAAACCCAAGAAUGGAUAAACUCCACAGAGCGCCAAGAAGAUAUUCGGAAAGCCCUACACAAACAAAGUGUUGGACCAGAGGAGACAUUGGUGCCCUACAGCAAGCCCAGUUUCCCAUCUCCAGGAGGUCACAGCUCAUCAGGAACAGCUUCUUCUAAAGGAUCCACUGGACCUAGGAAAGCCGAGGCUUUGAGGGGAAGUCACCAGCGCAAUGCCAGCGACCUUCUUGACAUAGGAUACAUGGGCUCAAAUAGUCAAGGACAGUUUACAGGUGAAUUAUAGUAACUGAGAGGAGACAUGCAAAGCUGCUCUGAAGGACCACCAGGUCUGAACUCAUGGAAGUGAUGACACUAAACAGUGCAAUGAACAAUUUCUUUAUUUAUGUACUAUUAAAAGACUGUAAAUGCAAUGUAAAGACACACAGCCACACAUAUCCCACAGAUAUUUUACUUGUGUUCUUCUCUUAAGUACACCACCCACCUUAACUCUUUCUUGUCAGGAGUAUAUACAAAAGAAAGAAAACAAAACUCGCCCUCCAGGAAGAAAAGGAUUUUCCUCUGUAUAUAAUUUCUUUUGUGCGUUGCUAUGCAAGCUCACUCUUUUUAGCUCUGUUCAUACUAUUGUCUGUUUUUAUUGGUCUGUUGUACUAUAUGUGAAUUAAUAGGCUGUGGUGCCAUAUAUUAACUUUUAAUUGUGUAACUUUUAUGUUUAAAUUUUGCACUGCAAUUUUAUUUGGUGAUAAGCACAAAUCUCUACUCCUCGUGACAUGAAGAACAAGACUGAAUGUGAAGGGAGUUUCUGUACUGUAAGCUAGGCUGGAUAUGCUGGUUGGAACCAAUCAUGUGAGAUGGUUUGCAGUUGGGGUGUAGAAACAGGAAGAUGCAAAGGAACAGUGGUGUUGGCGAAGUCUUCCUUGAGUACCAGGGACUGAGUCAAUAAAAAGAAAAGCAGAAAGGUGGCUUUUACUGUUGACAAAAUGCAGGGGUCAAAGAAGGAAAUCUAAGUCUUAAGGCUAAAUAGGUAUUAAAAUACACAGGUAGCAAAGAUAUACUAAACUCGCUAAAAAGAGAAAGAAAAAGAAAAUGAAAAUGAAAGUUACAUGUAGCAUCAACUUUACCUGUCAUUGUAAUUGACCCAUCUGAGAAUUAUAACAAGCAAAAGGAAAUGAAGGUGUUUCGCAAGAGCUGUGUUUGUAUUACAGUGUUUUCAAGAAGCAUUUUCUGAAUUACCAUAAUUAAUCUCUCCAACUCAUUAAGUCAGGAUCUAAUAUGAAGUUCCCCAAGGAAACAAACAAAAUGAACUCUAGAAUAUCUAGCAAAUAGUUAAAGAGGCAAUUUAUUAUUAGGACAUACUCGGGCUGCUUCCAAAUGCAAAAACUCUAUUGCAAUAUCUUGUUUCAUCUUUCUAAUACAUGUUCAGUACACACUAGAGGAUAGAGCUGCAUCGCUUAAAUUUAUGACUUUGAAAAAAAUCAUGCAGUCUAUAGACAAUUCUGUGUUUUGUUUGAUUAAGAGGUGAAGUUCAUGCCACCAGAUGUAUAGCCAAAUUGUAAGUGCUUAAAAAGCAGUGCUCAGAGUAUGUUCAGUUCACAGUAAGUAGAUUUAUCGAAAGAAACAUUUUAUGGUACAGUCUCAGAAAUUGGCUACCAACUAAAAUAUGUUUGACCCAUUUUGAAUGAGUAAAUUGAAAAGAAAAAUUUUAAAGGAGAAACAAUGCAUGUUUAUACGCUUUUUAAAUAAAACCAAACCUCGUUAAGUGGACAUUAA